CACUGGUGCACAAAUAGAGAUGCCUGUGUGCAGCAGAGACAGCGAGAGAGGGACAUAUGAUAUACCAAUUCUCAGUGCAACUUAGGAGGACCUACCCUCACAUCGCAUCACGCCCACCCCCCUCCGCAGGCAAGCUCUACCUUGGUUCUCUGUAAAUAUCAUUAUGUGCUUUUUCCAGUCUUGAUUGUGAAAAAGGCAGACCUCUGAGCACUGUCUGUCUGUCUGGUCCACCGAGCUCGGCUUCUGUAAUAGCUCUGCAUCUGCCAGUGCUGAGGACUUGAUGCUGAAAGGAGCUGUCCGCAGUGCUGAACUUACCCAGCCCUUGUCUGCUCUGGGAUCCCAAAGUUUGUUGGAUGUAGAGCGCUGUGUUUUAUCUGGAUAAAAAGCAAAUGGUUUCUUGUGCUUUUUUCUCUUGUGCGUGGCGAGUACACAAAUCCAGGCUCGGGGUAUUCUUGUCCUGAAUGAAUCGGCCCUAGAGCACAGACGUCUUUGCCAAGUUUUCAGCUUUGUAACCAGUGCCGUCAUCCAAACAGUGACAGAUUGAAAAUCUUUUCCCAAAUGUUUUCUUCCCCUUUAUUUUGUUGUUUUUUUUAUUUUAUUUAGACACGAAAGAAGAUUUUAAAUGACUUAAUAUCCAGCCUUCUUCAUGGUGGUCAGUAUAGGAUUCCUCAACGACUCUGUAGGGUAAUUGACCCUCUAGAAAGACUAAGAACUAAGAGAAGCCAAGGGUCACGUUGACUCUUCAUUUGUAAUCAGCUGAGUGGGUAGAUUCAUCAUCCUGGGGUCUUUAGUCCCUUAUGCCUGGAAAGCAUCUAAAAAGUGUCCGUAAAUGAAAAGGAGGAUCGGCAUCGGAGAAAAAACAACACAAUGAUCUUGGCAGCGCCUGGGUAAUCGUUCCGGAAGGUUUAUUUGUUGCACACCUGCUCUGAACACUUAGAGUUGGCAGAAGAAAUUGAAGAUAUUUCAACACCUUCACUUUUCCCCUAAAUGCUUUUCACUGUCAUGGCAAUCUGGCUUCCCUGGGAAGGAGAAAUGUCUUUCCCUUUCUGAAGUGUGUGGGAGACAACUAGUUGCUUAUGUAUUAUCGUGCAAGCACUUAAGGAUUUCUCCUGUCGAGUAAGGAAGGUAAUGUACUCACAUUAAUCUGAAGAUGAAGGAUACAGGGGAAUCUUUUAGUCUUUUUUAUUUUUCACCCUGAGCAAUGAGCAUAACAUGAAGAUCAGGCUAUACAUAAUAACAAAGACAUCAGUGUUUGUAGACAAGGCAAGUCGAAUAGAGUGGGUUUAUCAGAGGUGCUUUCUGUGAUAUUCUCAAACUGCCAUGCUUAUUUUGCCCAGGGUAUAGCAACUAGCCUGCUUUUUUGCUGGGCAGUUUCAUUUCAGCUAUCAUUCUGGGCAUCGCACUGACUGAAUGAAUGAGGGGGUGGUGGUACUCAGCUGUUCUGCAGAUGCCCAGCGUGAGAUGCCCCCCUACUGGUGAGUCCCUGGGGGUGUGUCAUGAUUCGAGAAGAGAGGAGCCGGGCUUCAGCUGGCAGCUGCCCCUCAGGUGUGGCCAGAAGAGAUGCCCAGGUGGUGCCCCCCACGUGCUACGCCAGGACAAAGCAACGCCGUGCCUUAAAGCUACCCUCUCUGGAGCACACCAAGCUGCAUGGCCUGAGAUAUAUAUGCUCACCAAGGUUGGCAUUUCAACGACGUGCAUUUUGGUUCCUUGCAUUCUUCACAUCGCUGGGACUCUUACUGUCUUGGUCAUCCAACAGGUUGCUCUAUUGGUUAUCUUUUCCAUCUCACACCCGAGUGCAGCUGGAAUGGAGCAAGGAGUUGGUCUUUCCAGCUGUUACCCUUUGCAACAACAACCCAGUUCGAUUUCACAAGCUCGGCAAAAGCGAUCUUUACUUUGCAGGUUACUGGCUGGGACUAUUGUUGGCCAACCGUACAGCUCGACCCCUGCUGGCAGAGCUGCUGCCCGAGGACAAACACAAAUGGUUCCACAAACUUGCAGAUUUCCGGCUUUUCCUGCCACCUCGGGACUUUGAUGGGAUCAGUGUCGGUUUCAUGGACAGACUGGGCCAUCAACUGGAAGAAAUGCUGCUUUCUUGCCGUUAUCGGGGUGAAACUUGUGGUCCACACAAUUUUUCCACAGUGUUCACAAGGUACGGGAAAUGUUACAUGUUCAAUUCUGGACACGAUGGUCGGCCUCCGCUCACCACUGUGAAAGGAGGGACAGGAAACGGCUUGGAAAUCAUGUUGGACAUCCAGCAAGAUGAGUAUCUACCCAUCUGGGGAGAGACCGAGGAAACUACUUUUGAAGCUGGAGUAAAAGUACAAAUACACAGCCAGUCUGAGCCGCCAUUUAUCCAAGAGCUGGGGUUUGGCGUGGCCCCUGGAUUUCAGACCUUCGUGGCUACUCAAGAGCAAAGGCUUGCAUAUCUCCCCUCACCUUGGGGCAAUUGCCGCUUCUCCGAUCUGGGCUCGGACUUUUUCCCAGUAUACAGUAUCUCAGCUUGUAGGAUCGACUGUGAAACCAGAUACAUUGUAGAGAACUGCAACUGCAAAAUGGUGCACAUGCCAGGUGAUGCUCCCUUCUGUACCCCCGAGCAGUAUAAAGAGUGUGCGGAACCAGCGCUAAGUUUACUGACAGAGAAGGAUGGAGGGUUUUGCAUGUGUACAAUGCCCUGUAAUCUUACUAGAUACAACAAGGAGCUGUCCAUGGUGAAAAUCCCCAGCAAGACAUCUGCCAAGUAUUUAGAAAAGAAAUUCAACAAGUCGGAGAAGUACAUUACGGAGAAUAUUCUUGUCCUGGACGUUUUCUUUGAAGCUUUGAAUUAUGAAACAAUCGAGCAGAAAAAAGCUUAUGAAGUGGCCGGGUUGCUUGGUGACAUUGGGGGUCAAAUGGGACUUUUCAUAGGUGCCAGUAUCCUGACUAUCUUGGAGCUAUUCGACUACAUAUAUGAGCUGAUCAAGGAAAAGCUGUUAGAUCUCUUGGGCAAGGAUCAUGAGGAAGGAGGACAUACAGAGGAUCUGAGUACCUGUGACAACAUGCCAAACCAUUCAGAAACCAUUAGCCACACUGUGACGGUGCCACUGCAGGCCACACUGGGGACACUGGAAGAAAUUGCCUGCUGACGUUUUGAAAGCACUCUUUAUUUUGUGCCAAAAGUGUAGCGGACACAGCAUGGUGGUCAGAGAGGGACGCCCCGGCACACCCUGGUAAAGGAACUAGGGGACUACCAUGAAAACAGAUCUGUAUACUGCCAACUGUACACAGCCCUGCAUGCCUGCAGUGUAUACAGCACUGAUCCUCAUAUGAUGUGUGAGGAGACCCCCCACACAGACACACAAUGCACACCUAUUGCUCUCCGUACAGCUCUCUGUGCUACGCGGGUUCAACAAGUGGUUUUUAUAUAAAAAGAAAAAAAA